UCAAACCCUACAUUUUCACAGUGAAAAAAACCCUACAACCCUUCCUCUUGAUCCCCUAAAGCUCCCAUCAAUGGCCGCCACAGCCGCUGCUCGACCUCUCGUCACGGUUCAGGCCCUUGAAGGCGACAUGGCCACCGACUCCGCCCAAACCAUUCCAUUACCCGACGUCAUGAAGGCUUCGAUCCGCCCCGACAUCGUCAACUUCGUCCACUCCAAUAUCUCAAAGAACAAGAGGCAACCCUACGCCGUGAGCAAGAAAGCUGGUCACCAGACCUCCGCCGAGUCAUGGGGUACCGGUCGUGCCGUUUCUCGUAUCCCCCGUGUUCCUGGUGGUGGUACUCACCGUGCUGGACAGGGGGCCUUCGGUAACAUGUGUCGUGGUGGACGCAUGUUCGCUCCUACCAAGAUCUGGCGCCGAUGGCACAGGAAGAUCAAUGUGAAUCAGAAGCGAUACGCCGUCGUUUCCGCCAUUGCUGCUUCGGCUGUUCCUUCUCUGGUCAUGGCUCGUGGUCACAGAGUUGAGUCAGUUCCUGAGCUUCCUUUGGUUAUCAGUGACGCAGCUGAGGGUGUUGAGAAGACUUCUGCGGCAAUUAAGGUCUUGAAGCAGAUCGGUGCUUUCGAUGAUGCUGAGAAGGCCAAGGAUAGUCAUGCUAUUCGUCCUGGUAAGGGUAAGAUGAGGAACCGUCGGUAUAUUAACCGUAAGGGUCCCCUUAUUGUGUAUGGUACUGAGGGUGCUAAGCUUGUCAAGGCCUUUAGGAACAUUCCUGGUGUUGAUAUUGUUAAUGUUGAGAGGCUUAACUUGCUUAAGCUUGCUCCUGGUGGUCACCUUGGAAGGUUCGUGAUCUGGACCAAGUCGGCUUUUGAGAAGCUUGACUCGAUCUAUGGUUCGUUUGAUAAGCUUUCCGAGAAAAAGAGAUCUUAUGUUUUGCCCAGGUCGAAGAUGGUUAAUGCUGAUUUGGCUAGAAUCAUCAAUUCUGAUGAGGUUCAAUCGGUUGUGAGGCCGAUUAAGAAGGAAUCCAAGAGGGCACCAUUGAAGAAGAACCCUCUCAAGAACCUCAACGCCAUGUUGAAGCUUAACCCGUAUGCCAAGACUGCCAAGAGGAUGUCUUUGUUGGCGGAGGCUCAACGGGUGAAGUCGAAAGCGGAGAAGCUCGACAAGAAGAGAAAACCCAUUUCUAAGGAGGAAGCUACCGCAAUCAAGGCUGCUGGCAAAGCCUGGUACCAAACUAUGAUCUCCGACUCCGACUACACAGAGUUUGAAGUGUUCACCAAGUGGUUGGGUGUUUCUCAGUGAUUUAAUCUUGUGCGUUUGAAUACCUUGAGACAUUGUUUUGAUCCUUGGUUUUGUUUUGGUGUUAAUUUCGUGUUUUUUGUUGCUGUUCUCAAGUGGGAGGAGGGAGAUGAGUGGAAUAAUUGGGGGAGUUUUGACUUGUCUUUGGUCCUCUUCUUCCCUUUCUCUCAUUCCUCUUCUACAAGGGAGAAUUUUUAUUAUUUAUCAGUUAUGAACCCAAGUAUUCUAGAUUUGUUAGUGUAGUUGGUCAAACGACAUUUUACAUUAUUACAUAAACAAUUUUGCAUCUUCUUUCA